AUGCUCUGCGCUUUCAAUCCUUUUACUUAUACCAGAAGCUUCUCCGCCAAUUGUUACUACCUUCCUGUAUGCAAGCGACCUAAUUUAUUCUUGCUAACGGAGGCAACUGUGAAAGAGAUCGUCAUCGAAUACGAGGGAGAAAAAUGCGCUGCACGGGGAGUUCUGGUUAGAUGUGAUGGAGAGGACUUCAUCGUGAGAGCCUCUAGGGAGGUUGUCCUAUCAGCUGGAAGCAUACAGUCUCCCCAGCUUCUGGAACUAUCGGGUAUUGGGAAUCCUGAGAUUCUAAAAGCUGCUGGGAUUGAAGCGAAAGUGUGCAACCCAAAUGUAGGAGAGAACCUGCAGGAUCAUUUUAUGACUAAAACAGUAUAUGAGGUUCAGACACCUCCGGAUAGCGAGGGCUCAGAUUUACCUCCAUCACAAACCGUGGGUAGUCCUGUUGAGAUUUCCAACAUCAAAGCACCGGCCAAAGCUUACUUACCGUGCCCUGUGGCAUAUUGCCCUAUAUUCAAGAUGGUUACAAGCCAAGAACUUGCAGGACUCACAGCUCAUAUUCGCCAGAAAAUAAUGGAAUCCAAGGAUGUUCGCGAGGCAAAAUUACGCCAGUCGUUCUUGCCAGGCAAAAUGCUCGGAGCCGUAGAGUUCGUCUGGGAUGGCGAGGCGAACUGGAACCCAGAUUUCAAAGGAGAGCCUGGUAAACGGUACGGCACCCUGUUGCAGAUGCUACAGUAUCCAUUCUCAAGGGGCUCGGUACACAUUCAACCCAUGCGAGGCUCGAAGGCAACCACGAUCGAUGACAAACCAACGAUUGAUCCGCGAUACUUUGCGGGAGAUGGCAAAAUCGAUUUUGAGGUGAUGAAGGCCGGGCCAGAUAUUCGCUGA